AUCUACCAAAUCACUACGACCAAGUGUAAAUAAACACAAUUUAGCGGGAAGAGAAGAAAAGAUAGAAGGACACUGCUUCAUCAUUUAUCCUCAUUAAGUAUCACCACUUUUGUUAGACAGGAUGAAGGACAUACAUGAAGUACAGCCAAUCGACAUUCAAACUGGUUUAGAAAGGCUACUGUUAAAGAAGAGUGAAUAUGGUGAACAUGUGGUGGUGGGUGAGGAGCGGCUGAUUGUGAGUCGGGAGGCCUGUCCUGCCAUACUUCUACCCUUCAACAAGCAGACCCCAGAUAUCAUUCUUAUACAACGCUUUUCACAGCAUUGCAAAAGACUGAGGAGUACUGAGUUCGAGGACUCGCCUUCAUUACAGAGUAACAUCCGUCUUCAAGUUAAUGGCCAGACACCAGCUAAAAUCAGUUGUGACAGUAUUGCAGAUCUAGACGUAACAGGAUCUCCGUUGAAGUGUUCCUUUGUGCAAUACAGGGAUGAAGCAGACCUUCCCUUCACUGUGUCUUUGCCACUGUCUAAGAAGAAAGAGAAGAUGCUUUCCUACAUGCCUAUUUGUAGCACAAAGGCAGGAUUGAUAGCUUCAAACUUUAAUUUGGUCUUGAGCAAGAUGUCUGGUAACUCGGAUGAGCACUUGCCAUUAUGGGUUGUGUGUGAUGGCAAAGAUGCUCAGGGAACUCUCUUCAUUGGAUUACAACGUAGUGAAGGUAGAAUGUCUCGCACGAUAGUUACGACAUCAGGCCCAUACCAAGGUUGUGAGAAUUUACCAUCUUUGGAUCACCUCAAGAUGCAUCACAUAGCCAUUGGCCCGACAAAGAGGGUAGAGAGUGCAGUGGAGGCAACAUUUGAUGUACUGAACACUGUCGAGGAGAAUAACUCGUCUAGUUUGCAGUUAAUUUGCAACUGGAAGAGACCACUCACCAUCCUUUCUCCCCCUGCACCUAGUGCCAGUACCACAGCAAGUCUAAGGAUAGUAUCCAGUGAUCCACGCUGUUCCGCUUACCAGAUAUUUCAGGAGUUAAAUGUGCUUCGUGGGUUUGUUGCUGGCCUAAAGUCAGGGGAGGUGGUUUGGUUCAUUAGAGAAGGAACUACCACUAUGGCCCAAGACAUAGAAAAGGUUUUUGCCAUCAUUAGAGAAAAAGGUCAGCGAAUAAAGAAAGAGGAGCAUAGAGGGUCUGAAUUUGACUUGAUGAUUGAGAGCAAGUCAUUCAACCGUCGACAGAACAUGGACUUUACUGACCUUCUGUGGACUGUUUUUAUGAGAUGUGAGUCCUACCAAGAACUAAAGGAGAGUUUACUCUUGGUGUUUGAGGCUGUGGCCUCUGGGGAGGUGCGCCCUCAGAUACAUGUUCGCAACAACACACAGGUUGGCAGCUUGUCACGCAAUUUGAUGCGAGGACAAGAAGGUUUGCCGGAGCUAUCUGAUCUUACGCCUUUGCACAUGCUUAUUGAAAUGGGCUGUGAGAAGAUCAAGAGGGAUUAUAUCAAUAUCUUCCAAGCUGGUGAACUAGCAACUGGUGAACAGCUUUCAUGGUUUGUCAGUAAUUGUGAGACAUCACCUGAGAUGAUAGUGGCUCAGUUAGAGAGACUUCACGUAGCCUUGCAAGUUGCUGUGGCUUUGCGUAUGUACUUAAUGCUGCCCCAGGCAUCUCUCACUCAGUUCACCGCUCAGGUGCUGAAUAAAAUGAAGAAAGAAGAGCCAAGUUCACUAUACUCAUUCUCCUUCAAACUUGAAACUUUAACUGUUCAUCAGUUACUUAACAGCAAGAAGGCUAGUACAUGGGAGUUGAGCCUCUGCAGCAGCCAGGGGGACUUCACCAAGACCCUAAUAUGCCAUAUAUCCCACACUCCUCUUAUUCAGCUGUCUUCCACUGUUGCUGAACAAGAAGAAACUGUAGAAGGUGGUGACAAGGAUGAGGAAAAUGAAGAAAGCUAUUUCUGCUCAUUCUUCACAACUGUUGAAGAUAAACUUAUUCCAUGAUAAUAUGUGUUCAAGGAUGCAGGGUAUUACAGAUCUAUAUCUUUUCUUUCAAAAGACGUAAAUGUUUACGUCCAAUCUUAUUAUAUGUUUAAUUAAAGGAUGGAACAUAACUUUCCGGUCUUUCACAUUUGGAAAUUUAGUUUUUGUACAUAAUGUAUGUAGUGGAACAGUAAACCUGAACCAUCAAUGGGUGGCUACGCUAUCAUGGCUUAAGCUGUUUAGAUCUUUGAGUAUAUUCUCACUAGUACUAUGCGAGUGUCUGCCACACAUUUAUUUUUAUUUUUUUUUAGCAGCAAAAAAAUCUUCAGGUUCAUUUAAAAAAACUUACAUUUGUUCAAUGGCAGGAGUACAUAGAUAAGAACUAGAUUUAAACUUUUAUUGGAAACAAACAUGUACAUAUAUAUUUAAUAACAUAAAUAUACAAAUGAAAUGUUUUGGUUUAUAUUACUAGUUAUAAUUGUUACCAAAAUAAUGUGUUCAAUAUAUUCUUCACACACACACAUAUUUCUAUGUAUAGGUACUGAGGAAAUGAUACUAAAUGGGUAUGUCAGGGCAAGAUUUUCACUGAUACAAGCAUUUCAUUUUAAAUAGUGAACAGUAAACUCCAUUAGCUGGAAUAAUUAACGCAGAGCGCUUCUGGGGAUGGGAAAUUUCCAGGUAGCGAGACAACUCUAAAACCUGAAAAAAUCCCACAUCCCCAGAAAUUUUCAGAGUACCGGUAAUGGAAAAUUUUUUUGAGAGUCUAAACUACUUCUCACAGGGAUGGAUACUACCCGCACAUCCCGGAAGGUUUCUGGGAAACUUUCCGAGCCCAAGCUGCACAUCUCAUCUUGCAUGGGCAAACACUCUCCCAUUACAUUUGGACUGAGGGCACGAGCAAAAAUAUUUAUGACUAGUGAAAGCCCAAUUAUUUUUUUCACGUCUGUUCUAGUGUUAGAGAUGAAUUUGGUGCCAUAAUGAUUCUGAAUAAAUUCUCUACAAGAAUGUUUCAGCAAAAUAUUUUGACACAAUAUAGUGAUGGGAAUCCAUUCUUUUAUGAAAAAAUGUAAGAAAUGUUGAUACUGUACCGAAGUUAAUAAAAUCAGUUCUAAUUAA